GUCCACUCAACCCCUUAGAGGGCAAGGUAAAUGCCAAUAAAUACACAGCCAUUCUCAGUGAUCACCUUGAACCUAUGGUGAAUAAUUUCUGUCCCGAUGGGAGUGGUCUCUUCCAGGAUGACAAUGCCCCCAUCCACGGUGCGCGAGUGGUUACUGAAUGAAAAAGUGAGAUGAGGAGGCUGCAGAUUGCACCAAACAAAGCAGCAAGGAUUAUUUUAAGGUGGAGAUGUUGUCAUUCACAAUGCUCUCAGGUGGUCAUCAAUCAACAAGAUAAUUGAAGAAAAAAAUAACAUGUUUAUUUCCUUUCACAAUGUACACCAUUUAAAACGGCCAAACUCCAUUCACAACAGUAUUCAGUUGGUAAGAGACAGACAUUCAAUCAAUACUAGGAAUAGAUUGUCCAGCAUCUAUCUUAUCCCGGCAGGAAAGAGAAAUGGGCAAAAUAACAUUUAGAUUCAGAAAUUGAAUAAUUUAUGUGAGCAAACCAGAAACCUUUUAAAUACAUACAUUCAUACAAGACUUUAGAACCACUUAAAUAUAAUACAUGUGAAGGUUGUGCAGGACUAUGGUAGAUGAAGGAACCAGCCUAACAGUUCAGAGAGUAUUUAUCUGGUCAAUAUGGCAGUGUAUUAUGUCUGUUUGUAACAGUGUGUUAAAUGUGGACAUGGGAUUGUAUUAUACAUUUUAUUUUAAUGUUUAAGGACUCUUGGAAGAUUAGUCCAAAUGAGGACUAAAGGAGAUCCUAAUAAAAUGGUUUGAUGAGCAUGAAAACGAUGUAAACCAUAUGCCAUGGCCGUCUCAGUCACCAGAUCUCAACUCAAUUGAACACUUAUGGGAGAUUCUCUGCCCGAGUCAGCGUUUUUAGACAUCUUGUAAUGUUUUUUUGUAUACAAAAAUAAUAAUAAUAAAAUUAUGGCUCAGUUUGAACAAAUUAAUAAUUUGCAAUUAAUCACAGCAAAUCCUGCGAGUUAACUUUAUUCGUUUUUUUAAUCACUUGACAGCUGUUUUCCACCACCGUCUACAAAACAAUAAAUGAUGGAAUUUCUCGUGGAAGAAUGGUGUCACAUCCCUGCAAUAGUUUCAGACACUUAUAGAAUCUAUGCCAAGGCGCAUUGAAGCUGUUCUGAAGGCCCGUGGUGGCCCAGCACCCUAUUAAGACACCUUAUGGUGGUGUUUCCUUUAUUCUGGCAGUUACCUGGAGCAAUACAUUCGCCUGCGGUAGCUUUAUCUCUAUUGAAACGCUUCAUGUUGGUGUUUCCUUUAUUCUGGCAGUUACAUGUAGCAUUACAUUUGCCUGUAGUAGCUUUAUCUCUAAGACACUUCAUGUUGGCGUUUCCUUUAUUCUGGCAGUUACCUAAAGCAUUACAUUUGCCUGUGGUAGCUUUAUCUCUAAGACACUUCAUGUUGGUGUUUCCUUUAUUCUGGCAGUUACAUGUAGCAUUACAUUUGCCUGUAGUAGCUUUAUCUCUAAGACACUUCAUGUUGGUGUUUCCUUUAUUCUGGCAGUUACAUGUAGCAUUACAUUUGCCUGUAGUAGCUUUAUCUCUAAGACACUUCAUGUUGGUGUUUCCUUUAUUCUGGCAGUUACCUAUAGCAUUACAUUUGCCUGUAGUAGCUUUAUCACAGAUCUGUUUGUGUUGUAUCGCAAACUUCAAAGUUUGUUGUUGUCACUGACAAACGGCUACAGUGUUUGAAAUGAGACCCCGCCGUCGUUCAAUUAAUUUCCAAUCUUUAGCUUAAAUUCAAAUCACUUGUAUUUCCUGAGAGGGAACUUCAUGACGGGUUGAUAGAUACAAGACCCAUAGUCACAUAGAACACAAAAACAUGUACAGUAUAAUGCAUGGCAUAAAUUAUAAAAUACCUAGCACAUUACACAUUUAGUAAUGACAGAAUGCAUUUAGUAAUGACAGAAUGCAUUUGAAACCACCACAGUAACACUUUUGUAUGACUUAGUCAUUCUCUUAUCGAUAGGAGUGGGAGAAAAGGUGAUCAUGCAUUGAUAAGCACACCAAAGACUGUAUUAACGAUAAGUAGCCUAAUAAAAUAAAUACUGCACUUCUAAAUGACUAACUUCUUGUAGCAGGCAUUAUAGAAAAUGAACGCACAAGCCCAUGUGCUAGUGAGUAUCCAGCUACAGUGAGGGAAAAAAGUAUUUGAUCCCCUGCUGAUUUUGUACGUUUGCCCACUGACAAAGAAAUGAUCAGUCUAUAAUUUUAAUGGUAGGUUUAUUUGAACAGUGAGAGACAGAAUAACAACAAAAAAAUCCAGAAAAACGUAUGUCAAAAAUGUUAUAAAUGGAUUUCCAUUUUAAUGAGGGAAAUAAGUAUUUGACCCCUCUGCAAAACAUGACUUAGUACUUGGUGGCAAAACCCUUGUUGGCAAUCACAGAGGUCAGAUGUUUCUUGUAGUUGGCCACCAGGUUUGUCCCACUCCUCUUUGCAGAUCUUCUCCAAGUCAUUAAGGUUUCGAGGCUGACGUUUGGCAACUCGAACCUUCAGCUCCCUCCACAUAUUUUCUAUGGGAUUAAGGUCUGGAGACUGGCUAGGCCACUCCAGGACCUUAAUGUGCUUCUUCUUGAGCCACUCCUUUGUGGCCUUGGCCGUGUGUUUUGGGUCAUUGUCAUGCUGGAAUACCCAUCCACGACCCAUUUUCAAUGCCCUGGCUGAGGGAAGGAGGUUCUCACAAAAGAUUUGACGGUACAUGGCCCCGUCCAUCGUCCCUUUGAUGCGGUGAAGUUGUCCUGUCCCUUAGCAGAAAACACACCCAAAGCAUAAUGUUUCCACCUCCAUGUUUGACGGUGGGGAUGGUGUUCUUGGGGUCAUAGGCAGCAUUCCUCCUCCUCCAAACACGGCGAGUUGAGUUGAUGCCAAAGAGCUUGAUUUUGGUCUCAUCUGACCACAACACUUUCACCCAGAUCUCCUCUGAAUCAUUCAGAUGUUCAUUUGCAAACUUCAGACGGGUCUGUAUAUGUGCUUUCUUGAGCAGGGGGACCUUGCGGGCGCUGCAGGAUUUCAGUCCUUCACGGCGUAGUGUGUUACCAAUUGUUUUCUUGGUGACUAUGGUCCCAGCUGCCUUGAGAUCAUUGACAAGAUCCUCCCGUGUAGUUCUGGGCUGAUUCCUCACCGUUCUCAUGAUCAUUGCAACUCCACGAGGUGAGGCCUUGCAUGGAGCCCCAGGCCGAGGGAGAUUGACAGUUAUUUUGUGUUUCUUCCAUUUGCGAAUAAUCGCACCAACUGUUGUCACCUUCUCACCAAGCUGCUUGGCGAUGGUCUUGUAGCCCAUUCCAGCCUUGUGUAUGUCUACAAUCUUGUCCCUGACAUCCUUGGAGAGCUCUUUGGUCUUGGCCAUGGUGGAGAGUUUGGAAUCUGAUUGAUUGCUUCUGUGGACAGGUGUCUUUUAUACAGGUAACAAGCUGAGAUUAGGAGCACUCCCUUUAAGAGUGUGCUCCUAAUCUCAGCUCAUUACCUGUAUAAAAGACACCUGGGAGCCAGAAGUCUUUCUGAUUGAGAGGGGGUCAAAUACUUAUUUCCCUCAUUAAAAUGCAAAUCAAUUUAUAACAUUUUUGACAUGCGUUUUUCUGGAUUUUUUGUUGUUAUUCUGUCUCUCACUGUUCAAAUAAACCUACCAUUAAAAUUAUAGACUGAUCAUUUCUUUGUCAGUGGGCAAACGUACAAAAUCAGCAGGGGAACAAAUACUUUUUUCCCUCAUUGUAAUCUUUAUAUUUCAAGUUUAGCCAAGUUUAGCCAAUUUGAAUCUAUUUGCUAGAACAAGGUUGAACAGUUGAAUUGAUAUGAACACACCCUUCUGUCCAUCGCCAACUGUUUGAACAACAUGCUAGCCUGUCCACUGUGUUCAGAUGUUGAAAUCAAGUGGCCUACCUUAUUUCUCAGAAUGAGAACGAGCUGCCAGUUCCUUAUAUAAUUGUGUUUUAUUCUUAUUGCACAUUUAUAAAACACAGACUAGACAGCUAGUAUAACGGUCUUUGGCUAAAAUGCUGCUAGUGGUCAAACUGAAAAAUACUUUUACAGAAUCAACGUUCAUUGAUACUCCUGUUUUAGUAGUGUCUGCUCUGCGUGCAAUUUGAGUAGUUGAGACAUUAAAAGGGUAUCGUUAGAAAGAUUUAACUUCUCGUUUACAGUAAAAUAAUGUCUCAAUGUCUUUCGGUGUCCAUAUGACCGAUUCUGUUGGACCAAACCUAAAUGCAAAGAGCGAGUUGAAACCGCAUGUCAGAGAGGAAGAAGUGAUCUCUUGUGAGCGGCAGGGGGAGGGGCUUGUGUGUGUAAACAGAGAGGAAGAGCUGAAGCGUGAAGUUUCACUCUCGCCCAAAUCUGUCCAAAAUACAGUGCCUUUGAAACGUAUUCAGACCCCUUGAAUUAAAAAAAAUAUAUGUUAUUCUAAAAUUGAUUAAAUAAUUUUUUCCCUCAUCAACACAGUAAUGACAAAGCAAAAACAGGUUUUUAAACAUUUUUGCUAAUUUAUAAUAAAAAAAAACAGGAAAUAUCACAUUUAUAUAAGUAUUCACACCCUGGACUCAGUACAUUGUUGAAGCACCCUGGGCAGCGAUUACAGCCUUGAGUUUUCUUGGGUAUGAUGUUACAAGCUUGUUACACCUGUAUUUUGGGAGUUUCUCCCAUUCUUCUCUGCAGAUCCUCUCAUGUUUGAUUGGGUUCAAGUCCAGGCUCUGGCUGGGCCACUCAAGGAUCCUGACUAGUCUCCCAGUCUCUGCCACUGAAAAACAUCCCCACAGCAUGAUGCUGCCACCACCAUGCUUCACCGUAGGGAUGGUGCCAGGUUUCCUCCAGACGUGAUGUUUGGCAUUCAGGCCAAAGAGUUCAAUCAUGGUUUCAUCAGACCAGAGAAUGUUGUUUCUCAUGGUCUGAGAGUCUUUAGGUGCCUUUUGGCAAACUCCAAGUGGGCUGUCAUGUGCCUUUUACUGAGGAGUGGCAUCCGUCUGGCCACUCUACCAUAAAGGCCUGAUUGGUGGAGUGCUGCAGAUAUGGUUGUCCUUCUGGAAGGUUCUCCCAUCUCCACAGAUGAACUCUGGAGCUCUGUCAGUGACCAUUGGGUUCUUGGUCACCUCCCUGACCAAGGCCCUUCUUCCCCGAUUGCUCAGUUUGGCCGGGCGGCCAGCUCUAGGAAGAGUCUUGGUGGUUCCAAACUUCUUCCAUUUAUGAAUGAUGGAGGCCACUGUGUUCUUGGGGACCUUCAAUGCUGCAAACAUUUUUUGGUACCCUUCCCUAGAUCGGUGCCUUUGACACAAUACUGUCUCUGAGCUCUACGGACAAUUCCUUCAGCCUCGUGGCUUGGUUUUUGCUCUGACAUGCACUGUCAACUGUGGGACCUUAUAUAGACAGGUGUGUGCCUUUCCAAAUCAUAUCCAAUCAAUUGAAUUUACCACAGGUGGACUCCAAUCAAGUUGUAGAAACAUCCAAAGGAUGAUCAAUGGAAACAGGAUGCACCUGAGCUCAAUUUCGAGUCUCAUAGCAAAGGGUCUGAAUACGUACAGUGGGGAGAACAAGUAUUUGAUACACUGCCGAUUUUGCAGGUUUUCCUACUUACAAAGCAUGUAGAGGUCUGUAAUUUUUUAUCAUAGAUACACUUCAACUGUGAGAGACGGAAUCUAAAACAAAAAUCCAGAAAAUCACAUUGUAUGAUUUUUAAGUAAUUAAUUUGCAUUUUAUUGCAUGACAUAAGUAUUUGAUACAUCAGAAAAGCAGAACUUAAUAUUUGGUACAGAAACCUUUGUUUGCAAUUACAGAGAUCAUACGUUUCCUGUAGGUCUUGACCAGGUUUGCACACACUGCAGCAGGGAUUUUGGCCCACUCCUCCAUACAGACCUCCUCCAGAUCCUUCAGGUUUCGGGGCUGUCUCUGGGCAAUACGGACUUUCAGCUCCCUCCAAAUAUGUUCUAUUGGGUUCAGGUCUGGAGACUUGCUAGGCCACUCCAGGACCUUGAGAUGCUUCUUACGGAGCCACUCCUUAGUUGUCCUGGCUGUGUGUUUCGUGUCGUUGUCAUGCUGGAAGACCCAGCCACGACCCAUCUUCAAUGCUCUUACUGAGGGAAGGAGGUUGUUGGCCAAGAUCUCGCGAUACAUGGCCACAUCCAUCCUCCCCUCAAUACGGUGCAGUCGUCCUGUCCCCUUUGCAGAAAAGCAUCCCCAAAGAAUGAUGUUUCCACCUCCAUGCUUCACGGUUAGGAUGGUAUUCUUGGGGUUGUACUCAUCCUUCUUCUUCCUCCAAACACAGCGAGUGGAGUUUAGACCAAAAAGCUCUAUUUUUGUCUCAUCAGACCACAUGACCUUCUUCCAUUCCUCCUCUGGAUCAUCCAGAUGGUCAUUGGCAAACUUCAGACGGGCAUGGACAUGCACUGGCUUGAGCAGGGGGACCUUGCGUGCGCUGCAGGAUUUUAAUCCAUGACGGCGUAGUCUGUUACUAAUGGUUUUCUUUGAGACUGUGGUCCCAGCUCUCUUCAGCUCAUUGACCAGGUCCUGCCGUGUAGUUCUGGGCUGAUCCCUCACCUUCCUCAUGAUCAUUGAUGCCCCACGAGGUGAGAUCUUGCAUGGAGCCCCAGACCGAGGGUGAUUGACCUUCUUCUUGAACUUCUUCCAUUUUCUAAUAAUUGCGCCAACAGUUGUUGCCUUCUCACCAAGCUGCUUGCCUAUUGUCCUGUAGCCCAUCCCAGCCUUGUGCAGGUCUACAAUUUUAUCCCUGAUGUCCUUACACAGCUCUCUGGUCUUGGCCAUUGUGGAGAGGUUGGAGUCUGUUUGAUUGUGUGUGGACAGGUGUCUUUUAUACAGGUAACGAGUUCAAACAGGUGCAGUUAAUACAGGUAAUGAGUGGAGAACAGGAGGGCUUCUUAAAGAAAAACUAACAGGUCUGUGAGAGACGGAAUUCUUACUGGUUGGUAGGUGAUCAAAUACUUAUGUCAUGCAAUAAAAUGCAAAUUAAUUACUUAAAAAUCAUACAAUGUGAUUUUCUGGAUUUUUGUUUUAGAUUCCGUCUCUCACAGUUGAAGUGUACCUAUGAUAAAAAUUACAGACCUCUACAUGCUUUGUAAGUAGGAAAACCUGCAAAGUCGGCAGUGUAUCAAAUACUUGUUCUCCCCACUGUAGUUGACUACUUUCAAAUUGUAAAAGUCUCAAUGGUGAUGCCCAUGCUAAAACAGGCUUUUGGGCACUAGAGACCUCUACAUGGUAGGUAGCUAAUCUUGAUGAAGGUCGUGUAGGGAAUGACUGCAGAUUGGAAUAUAACAAAAUUAUCCCAUUCUGGAGCGCUUCAUUCAACCCUUCAUUCACUUCUAAUGUGUUAUAUUUAUUUAACAUUAUAUUGUAACGGCAAAGUAAUUCAGUGUUUUUAAUUACAACUGUUGUUAAGAAACUGUAAUAAUGCUGAAAUAUCAAGAAACUAAACCAGUGUUUCUUAAUCCUGGUGCGGGGUGCACAUCUUUUGUUUUUGCCUUAGCACUCAGAGGUUGCGUUAACGCAGAAUUCUGUGUUUUUCACGCUGAAAAGAGAACAGAUACCGUAUAGAAAAUAUCUUGCUGCGUUUUUGUAAAUGCAGAUCUAAAAAGCGUAUAUUUGUAUUUUCUGAUCGGCUUCAUACUAAUUAUUUGCUUCAGUUGCACUUCUCCAAUAUGAGGAGAAAUCUUUGCUCUCAUCUUUAGACCAAUCAAAUUCCCGCAUUCACAAAUGGGGCAUUGUGCAUUCGAUCAGCAGACUUAACUCUGACCGUGUACUUCUCGCCUGUGACGUUUCUCUCUGGUAGGAAGUUACAAUGCAAGAUUAACUUCAAGCAAAACAUUAGGAAAUGUAGCUGACUACAUUCUUUCUAUGGCCAUGCAUCGUCUUUGCAGAAAAUAACUUCCUCUGUCAUUGUAAGUUAAUUUACUAAAUGUGGCUGAUAGCCAAAUAGCGUUGCACUUCUGUUGUCGUCUGAUUUAAAUGAAGCUGCUUUCUGCCGGUUGUUUUGCAUUCAUUUAUUUUGUGUGAUGAAAAACUAUAGUUGAACGUCCCCUGAUCACUCUAUUGAAGCAAAACCCACUGCUGCCUUUCAAUAAAAAACGCAGGUGAAAUGGUUUAAAAACGCACAUUUUUGGUCUGUGUUUUUUAAAUGCAGAUUUGUGAAAGUUAACGCUAACCCCUGGCACUACACAGCUGAUUCAAAUGAUCAAUUCAUCAUCAAGCUUUGGUGAUUUGAAUCAGGUGUUUAGUGCUAAGGCAAAAACAAAAAUGUGCAGCCCUUGGGGUCCCCAGGGCCAGGAUUAAGAACCACUAAACUAAUAAGCCUACAUAGACCUAUAGGUAACUGCCAAAAUAAAGCAAACACUUUAGUAAAUUCGCAUUCUGCCUGCUCUGUUAUGGCAUGGGUGUAUUUUCCUGGCUUGGUUUAGGUCCACUCAACCCCUUAGAGGGCAAGGUAAAUGCCAAUAAAUACACAGCCAUUCUCAGUGAUCACCUUGAACCUAUGGUGAAUAAUUUCUGUCCCGAUGGGAGUGGUCUCUUCCAGGAUGACAAUGCCCCCAUCCAC